AAUUCCAUCCUGCAGUUUCUAGGCUCCUUUAGAUGUGUCGAUAACAGGCUGGGAAAAAAAAACUAGAACAUCUAGUUUUAAAGAAAUGACGUGAUGGGCACAUGACAGAGAAACAAAUGGUUUUGGACUUAUGUGCAAACUGAUAAAAGAGCGAUUUUCUUUCUGAAUGACUGCAUUUUAGUGCGUGUUUUAUACUGUAUAUACACAGAGAGAGGCCAAUGUUUUUUUCCCAAACGCAGAAGACUCUUUUGCAGCUUGCUCCACUGAUCACACUUCCUCAAGUCUGAGUUUCACAGCCAUAUAAAAGGCCCUGUCUGCUCUCAGUUGCCAUUUGCUCUCUCUCUCUCUCUCCUUGGGUUGACCGCCCCGCUACACCGACUGCAGAGAUGCAGCGCCAGCUGAGGGAGGAAAGCGAUUACGACCAGCUUCCAGAUGACGUGCCAGUGUCUGCCCACAUUGCUGAUGCAGAGCAGAGCAAAGGAUUCAGUAGCCACAUUGUGAGUCUCCUAAGAAAUGUCAACCUUCCUGCUCCUCUAAUGCUGCCUGGCCGCCUGUGUUCCUCCAGAACGACACUGUGUAAUAUGUGCCGGAGGCAGGAUGACUUCGCAAAAGGGAAAGUCUUUAUCGGCCACAAACAGGAAAUUGCAGAGAAGCGGAUUCCAGAUCUCAACAUUUACAUGAAGAAACUUCUCAAGCUGCCAGCCUGGAUUCUCCUUGACGAAGAUGUCCGGUUAUUCUUCCAUCAAACGGCUGAGGAUUCUGAACAGAUACCCAGGUCACUUCGACGUUUGAGGCCAAGCACGAGGAAAAUCAAAUCCCAAACAGAGAAGGAAGAUUUAAGUGAAAAAUCAGGAGCUCCCCAGGCAGAGGCUCUGUACGAUUUUACUGGUGACAAUGACCUGGAAUUGACAUUCAAAACUGGUGACAUUAUCUACCUUUUGAAAAGGGUCAACGAUGACUGGCUGGAGGGCAUGCUGAAUAACUGUACUGGGAUUUUCCCCCAGUCUUUUGUGAGGAUCAUUAAAGAUUUAUCAGAAGGAACUGACUCGAAGAAACGACUCACAGAUGCUCACAGGUUCCGAUGCGUCUACCAUGAUAUCCAGUGCUCUAAGAUCAGGGCUGAGUUUGGGAACAAAGCCAUUACCCUUAAUUAUCGAGACCUGGAGGGAGAUAUGGUGCGCAUUCUAGAUGACAUGGACGUUGAAUUGAUGGUUUUGGAGGCCAAAGGUCGCUCGUGGAUCAGAAAGCCCGAUUUUGCUCCAUGGGAACUACAUGUGACCAGAAAGGAUGAUUUAUCAGUGUACAACACAAAUCCGUGAGGCACGUUUGCUAAUGUGUGCAUUCCUUUCAAGGGCCUUUUGAAUUAAUUCAUUCUUAGUGACCUGUGCUAAUUUGGGGAGAAUUAUUAUUUGGUCACUCCCUCUUUUCAAAGGAAUUUAAUUGUUCUUCAUCUGUACUCUUGCUCAGUCCCUUUUGGCCAUCUGAUGUAGGAAGAUGGAAAAUUAUCAGUUGAAGCGUGUCUGAUCACUAAUUCUCCAUUAUGUUUCAGAGUCAGUGUUCUGUUUCUGAAUAUCUAUGGAUCUCUCCAGAGGGAAUAGUAUCCAUGACCUUGAUUUUUAGCUCAGAGUCACGUUCUGAGGAAGGGUUGGGGGGGAACGCUCAUUGUUAGGUUAGGAGACUGAAGAAAAAAGGCUUCUUUUUUCUCAUCCUUGCAUGGAAUGUGGGUGUCAUUAGCAAGACUGGCGUUUGUUAUCCAUCCCUAAUUACAUAUGAACAUAGGCACUUGCUUGGCGUUUCAGAUGGCAGUUAAGAGUCAACAAUGUUGCUAUUGUGGCAAGAGUCUUGUGUAGGCGAGACAAGGUAAAGAUGGCAGAUUCCCUUCCCCUAGUGAAGAAAAUGGGUUUUUAUGACAGUCAACAAUUAAACUAGUUUUUUAAUUAUUGCACUUCAAUUUUACCACAGUGACAUUUGAACCCAGGAACAAAAACAGAAGUUGCUGGAAAAGCUCAGCAGGUC